UAGACAGGUGAGGAUGGCGGAGCCAUCGAGUCACACCGGCCACGCCCACUUCACAAUUGUGAAAUGUGCCCCUAUUGCAUGUUAAAUAGAGUGUUCCUAGAAGAGAGAGGACUGAUGGGGAGGCUGACCACUGCAUUCCUAAAAAAAAAAAGGGAAGACCUUAAGCAGAAAUACAAGGUUGGUCUGUUUUCACAUCAUUCUUUACGUCCUUGUCAGCUUUACAGAUUCUCUGAGCAGUCAUUUCUAUAUAGCACUUGAACUGGAAAAUAGAAAAGUAUUAAUAACCAUUUUUUUCUUCAUGAAAUUGAUCAUAACCAAAACUAUUUUUAGUUCCGUGGGAUGAGCACAGAAUCUCCACUAAGUUAAUCUAAUAUAUUAUUGAAGAUAUUUAAAGGACAAUUCCGGUAUUUUGAACAUUGAGCCCCCUUUCUGGUUUGUUUAUGAUGAAAUAGAGUGGGUGACACCGAAAUUUUAACUAUUAGUCCUUUCUCGGGUAUUUGGCUCAUUUUGAAUCGCUCCUGCCUGCUUCACAAUGGUUUUCUGUGUGCAUACACAAACCUGUCAUCCCAGCAACCCUAAACGUUCGUUUUCGAAAAUGUGCAAGUAACCGAGUGGUUAGUGGCAUUUGUGAAGUUUAAAAAAAAAAUAUCGCCGCAAUAUAUGGUUUAUAUCCGUGUUAGUUGCUAAUUGGAACUAUUUUUUCAGAUACCUCACAACCGCAUAUAAACUUCCGCUCGCUGUGUAACCAGCUGGGUAACCAUGGUUACACAGCUGGUUACACAGUUCGACCACAUGUUGACGACAAUAUUCCAGAGGAAGAAGAAGCAUAAUAAUAAUAUAUAUAUAGGUCUAUAUGUAUAUAUAUAUAUAUAUAACUAAUAUAAUAUAUAAUUAUAUAUAAUAAGAAGAAGAAGAAGACGUUCAACUUCAUUUUCUGUCGAGUUCAAAACCAAGGCAUCAGCUGUGGUUACCGUGCAGUCGAUUAUGGGAAGAAUUUGUGCGGUCAGAAACUGCGGGAAGAUCUCUAGAAAAAGGAGUUGUCAUCGGCUUCCUCUCAACACACCUAAAAGUCAUAGAGUCAGAAAGUUGUGGCUUUCAUUCCUCGGGUUCGACAUAAACACCCCAGUAAAUGUACUUCGGGAAGCCGACCAUCGCGUUUGCGCCUUUCACUUUCGGCCUGAGGACUACCUGAAAUCAACAAGUCAUCGAAAGAAGUGUCCGAAGAGACUGCAUCUGAAAACGGCAGCUGUACCUACGCUUUGUGGACCAACGCUAGACGAAGAAGACCUCGGGGUAAGCUAGACAUCAUGUACAACGUUAUGUUUAUGAUUAGUUUAGGUUGAACAUCUGACUCGAACUGAAGGUUACACGGACCAAAACAGCGAGUUCGUUGUUGCUGCUUGAUGUUUUUGACGAUGAUUCUGAAGUUAGUCUAUAGGCCUACUAGUAUUUUGACCUAGAAUAGCGUUUUUAAAAUGUUUUUUGAUCGUAACGUCUCCUAAAGAGAGCUGAUGGGGUAUCCACAGAGGUUAGAUCAGACAUGGGCAUCAUACGGCCGUGAUUUUGGCCGUGAUAUAUAAUAUAUAGAUAUCUAUAGCCCAUAUUAUAUAUCUUAUAUUAUUAUAUACUCAGGCGACCAUGCAUAACAUAAUCGCUUGAACAACCGUUCAAAUGGCAGUCUGAGCCAUAACCAUACUUGCCAACCUUGAGACUUCGAAAAUAGGGAGAAUUCCCAAACUAAAGCGCGGGGUCUGGGGGUCCUCCCCCAGGAAAUUUCCAGCUUUAAAGACAUUGUUUCCCGCAUUCUGGUGACUUUAAAAUAAUAAAACAAACUAAAAAAUAAGUAAAUUGAAACCUCAAUUUUAUGUUGAAUACUUUCAUUUAAUUUACAUUUCAUGUCAUUACAUUUCAUUUCAUAUUAUUAUUGCAUAUUAUUACAUUUCAUAUUAUUACAUAUCAAUAGAUUUAAUUUCCCUAACCCUAAACAAAACUACAAAGUACUACAUCAUGUAAACUGCUACAUGUACGUCAAUGCUUAUUGUAGUUGAAAGUGCAAUGCUUUGCAGCCUGUAACACCUUCCUUGAGGGAACGUAGGUGUGGGCCUGUCCUGGAAAAUUUAGUUUGCAGGACAGGAGUGAGCAGAGGGUGGAGUUGUCCAUCCUCAUCCUGUUUUCUGUGACUAUUUUUCUGACCAUGCUGAACACCCUUUCUGAAGAGGCAUUGCUGUGCGGAAUGCACAGCAAUGCCUUCAUCAAUUUACUCAGAUUCCUGAACCUAGCAUCUUUUCCCAUGAUGGCCCAAAACCUGUCAAUUCUUGCUUCCUCAGGAAGUUCUGCCCUGUCAACCACCUGGUACUCUACAACUUCUUCCCUGAGGCUAGCCAUGUCCAAGCUGAGCUGUGGCAGUCCUUUCCCUAGCUCUAUCACUGCAAAUACAAACAUUUUUACACAACUGAACUGGAUAUUUAUUUUUCUGUAAAAAACCUCUGCAAGCAAUUAUGAAUUUAUUUGUUAUUAUUUAUAUGAUUACCAUACCUGAUUUUGGGGCAAACUGAUGCCUUGACGCUGGGUCAAGCGCUGUCAGGUUCUGGAGCAUGAUGUUGUCCAGGGGAAAUGCUGACAUCAUCUUGGUGGUAACAGCUACAAAGAAGUCUCUCACUGCCCUAUGACACAUGAACAGAUGCAAUUACAACCAAUGUAUGAUGGUAUUUCAGCUUUUUCUUCAUGGGGUUUACUUAUUUGAAUUACACAUUAAAGCUUACUUAAGAAGCUCUGGGACUGAAGAGGAAAGCUCAUCAAUGUUGUCCUCCAAGAACAUUUGUGCUUCCUCUCCAAGACAGAGGUCAUCAUUUUCCAACUGGAGGCUUGUGUCCUUGAAACUGAUGUCCUUCAGUGGGACAUCAGCGAUAAGGUGAGCGGGGAGAAAUCUUCCAAGCCACCUUCUUACCAGGUUGGUCAUCUCCUUGUGAAGCUUGUGUAUCAUCACCCCUUCAGCCUACAAAUACGUAAUCAAUUCCUCAGUUAAUAACAUGAUUCUGAAUAUCACAUCCUUUAAGUUAUCUACAAUUCUUACUAGCAAUAUGUAGAUUAACUGGUGAUAAGAGUCAACACGUAUCUCAUGAUUAGAGCUGCCUACAAUUAGGUCAAAUAUCAAUGUCAAAACAUGCAUCAGUGUUUCCCAAAGCCCCAAAUGACUUGCACUGCUCACAAACCAAAUAUAUUCAGUUUACACUCAGGAGUAUAGAAACCAUUUCCAUUUCCAUUACUUAUGCCAAUACAUUGGUUAUCAAAAUAGUUGGUGAUUAACUGAAUAAUCAAUUCUUAUGAGACUCACCUGAAAUGCAACAUUGAAAUCAGCCAGUGGUUUCAACGCUUGGGAGAGGAAAAGGAAGAAGAACUUGGUCUUCUUGCUGGCUAAAUGCCCUGCCAGCAUCUUAACCUUGCCAGGCUUUUCCACUUCCUCAUGACUCUCGAAAUACGCUUGCAGCGCAUUCCACUGAUUCAGGACUCGCUUGAUGCAGGUCAGCAGGCUGAGCCACCUUGUUGCACAGUACCUUAGCAGCUUCAAAUUUUCUGAGUCUGUGAACUCCACAAACUCUUUAUAUAUUUCACAUCGUUUGGCACUAAAGUUGAGGUCAAAUAAAGGAAAAAAAUAGGAGAAUGGUUAAAAAGUCUUAUCUAAGGAGACCAAAAUUACAUCCAAUAUCGGUCUAACUGUACCACAGAGACAACACAACACCCUCAUUAGUAAGUGCAAUGUGCUGAUAUGGAUUUUCUUACCUGAUGUCAAAAUGAGCAUAUAUGCUGCUCAGGACCUCUUCAAUUGGCUGGCGGAGAGCUUUAACUCCACACCCUGUUGCCAGCUGCACCAGAUGACAUAUACAGCCAACGUCGAUAAGGCCUGGUUGAACUGCCUUAAUCCUGCUGGCCACAGAAUUGUGCCUCCCCUUCAUGACACUGGCGUUGUCACUAUUGAAAGCCACCACUUUUUGCCAUUCAAUGUUUCUCUCGCUAAAAAUCAAAACACAAACUUACAAGUCAGUGGUCAACCUUUAAAGAGUAUUGUCAUUUAUAUGGACAGUAGGGAUUUUUUAUUUAUUUACCUUAGCACUGUUUCCAGGGACCUGAACAGGUUCUCUGCAGUGCCUAUAUUACACACUGGCAUGUGCAGGAACCUAGUAACUACCUCUCCAGUCUGUUCGUCAAAAACUCUGGCCAACAUAACAAAUUCCUUCUCAGCGCUCCUGGUUGUGCCCUCAUCACACAGUAGACCAAAGGGGUUUUGGCACAGACGUGAGACUUCAUUGUCUAGUUCUGGGGCAAUGGCACCUGUUAAGUAAAAAUACAGUUUUUCAAACUCUUACCAUCACUGCAAAUGGGCUGUGAAAUUAGCCUAUCCCAUGUACGCAUAGUAAAUAGAAAGCUUGGAACAUUAUCCUUACAUGGAUUGUUUUUAUCAUUUUCAUUACGAAAAAAUAAUUUUUUAUAUGUUUCUAAGGGUAUGUUAAUGGCUUACCUUUCACUAUCUGUGUGGCUUUGGUCCUCCCACAGGCAUACUUCUUUGCCACAUCCGAGUCAGGAAACAUGUCCCUUACUGACUUAUUUAUUUCGUCAGUAAAGCUCAGAGGAAUAUUAUUCUUUGCCACCAACAUUGCCAUUUUGGUUUCGGCAUAAAUGACUGCAUCUGGUCUCCCUUUCCCCAGCCAACCAACGAUGCUUGGCUGAGACUGUGAAGCAGCUACUGCCUUCUUGUGUUUGUCUGUAUUGGCAUGGUGCUUUACAUCUGUCCGACCGCCGUGCUCCACGGAAAAAUCGACCCGGCAAACUUUACAAAGGGCAUGGCCAGUACCUUUAAAACUUGUAGUGAGAAAACCAAACUCAGAUUUCCAUUCUUCAUUGAAUUUACAAAUGUAUUUUUUUCUUUUCGGCUCCAUUGUCUCGUCUUCGUUCUUUGUUGUCUUUUUAAAUACUCGGUUUAUACUACUAUACUAUACUUUAAAUACUCGGUUUAUACUACUAUACUAUACUUUAAAUACUCGGUUUAUACUACUAUACUAUACUUUAAAUACUCGGUUUAUACUUAUACUACUACUAAUACUGAGGUUUAUUCACGAGUGCGGGUAGAAUAACACAAGAAAUAAUACCAGGAGUACUACGAGUAGUGUCAGAGAGACGUCUCUGAUUGGUCGAGCCCGCUGUUACCGCGGAGCGGUGGCAAACGUCUCCAUGGUAACAGCGGGCUCACUCAACCAAUAUCCUUUUCCGAACAACAGGUUGUUGUGAUGAUAACGAAAGUGGGGAGAAACAGGGAGACAUGAAAUCUUGUCAGAAAUCAGGAGAAUUGCGGGAGAUUUUUUACCGCGGGAGGAAAACGGGAGAGGAUAGUGAAUAUCGGGAGUCUCCCGGGAAAAUCGGGAGGGUUGGCAAGUAUGGCCAUAACAACAAUAUUUGUGUCAGUAAUGUUGAUGAGAUGUUGUGUUUUGCAACUUGUUGCAGGCUGUUGGCGGUGUGGUGGACCAGCCUUCUACCUCCAGCAUAUCCUUGGUCCUCACCAGUCCACAGCCACGGCCUCACCAAUCCAAUAAAUCCCCAAGGAAGUCCUUAUCUGGCAGUUACCUUGCUUUCCCUGUGAUCAGGGAGAGGCUCUCACUAUCUCCAGAUGAUUGUGAAACUGAGAUGCUUCAAAUGGACACAAGCAUUUCCUCAGUCAUUGAGGAUGACCCAAAAUACAUGAGCUUCAGCCUCAGUCAACAGUCAAGUUCAAGUGAAACCUCCAGUUCAAGUGCCUCAGAAGAGCAAGGGGAGUGGGAUGAAAGAAAAUGGAUUGUGAACGAGUCUAGCAUCAUGCAACUGUUUAGAACAUGCCAUAUAUGUGCCGCACAAAUCACUGAUAAAAAAGUGACAACUACAGGCAGCCAACUAAAGAUUGAAUGGACAUGUUUGAACAAUCAUCAUGGCAAGUGGGCAUCAUGUCCUGAUGCAAGAGGAAUGGCACAGAAUAACUUGCUUGUUUCUGCUGCUACGCUUUUCUCUGGAACAACUUUCACUGAAGUACACGAGUGGGCCAGCAUCCUAAACUUGCAACUCUUGAAGAAAUCCCAGUACUACUCCAUCCAAUCCGACUACCUUAUUCCAGUAGUACACUUUGCAUACAAGGAUCAUCAUGAGAAUCUCAUUAGGCGACUUAUUAGACAAAAGGCUGAAGGCGAGUCCAUAGAGCUGUGUGGAGAUGCCAGGUCUGACUCACCAGGCUACAGCUGCAAGUAUUCCACCUAUUCGUUUCAGCUUCUAUCCAGUAAUGAGAUCAUUCACUUUCAACUACUACAGGUAACGGAAGCUAGCAGUUCAGUUGCCAUGGAGUCCCAAGGCUGUAGGAGGGGCCUCAACCAUCUCAUUUUCAAUGAAGGAGUAGAUAUAGACCUCAUCACUACAGACCGGGCCACAUCAGUUCGGAAAAUAAUGAGGGAGGAAUUCCAGAAUGUUCACCAUGAAUUUGAUCCUUGGCAUGUAUCAAAAGGCAUAAAGAAAAAACUGGUAGCACUCGCCAACAAAAAGGAAAAUCAGGUCCUGCAGGGCUGGAUUCGGGCGAUCCUCAAUCACUUUUGGUUCUCAUGCUCAUCUUGUGGUGAGAGUGCUGAGGAACUGAAGCGACGGUGGACCUCAGUCCUCCACCACAUCUGUGGGGAGCACACAUGGGAGCAAGAUGGAAGAAAGUGGGCAUGCCCUCACCCUGCUCUCAACCCAGAUCAGCAAAGGACAAAGCGAUGGCUCCAGCCAGAGUCUCAAGUCUUCAAGUCUUUACGGAAUAUUGUUGAAGUUAAAAGACUGCUGAAAGACCUUGAGCAGAUGACUCGCUUCAAACAUACAGGAUCUUUGGAGGUGUACCACAACGUUAUGCUAAAAUAUCUGCCGAAACGACUGCAUUUUCGGUACGACACCAUGGUAGCCCGAACACAGCUAGCCAUCCUGGACAACAAUUACAAUGUUGGCCGACAGCAGACAGAGACUUCAGAAGGACUUCCAAGAUACAGUAUGGUGUUCCCAAAACAGAGCAAGGAAUGGGUAGCCAAGAAGAUCUAUGAGCCUACUAGUCAGUACUUCACACAACACCUUGUGAAACUCGUGUUGGAGAGAAGGGAGGAAAGAACACCGGAAGACAUUCCACAUGUCCAGCGGCCUGCAAACAUUGCAACUAAGGAGAGACCCCCCAAGGAAGAUUUAAUCAGGAAACAUCAAUCCAGAUUCCCUCGCCACACUGAUGUUUGAAAAACCAAGGAUCCAGAUUGUAAAUUUGUUUAUAUGUCAGAAUCAGAAUCACUUUUAUUACCCCUUAUUGUACAGUAGGCUACACAAGAGCAAAAUUAUUAGGCUUGGUUCCUCAGCAUACACAUAGCUGCAAGAAAAAAAUAUAAAAUAAGUUUAAAAAUAAAUAAGUAUAAAAAUAAAUAAGUAGCAGCAUUAAUAAUAAUAAAGUAAUGAGGUAUAAUAAAGAGUGAAGUGUAGGGUGUUCAAGUGGUAGUGUUGUAAAUGUGUUUGUAAAUACAGUCGGCCUAUGUCUACCUUUACCCAUUAGGAAAACAUGUUUAGGCCUACAGACACUAGUGCACUUUCUAAAUAAAACCAACGAUUUUAGAACAAAAGUUUUUUUUAUUGAGAAGAAAUUAAAAAGUAAACGCAAUGCAGUUAGGUAGGAACAGAAGGUAGGAACAGAAGGGUAAGAUAUUAGAUUAGAUUAGGCUUUAUUGAUCCUUUUGGGAUGACUUCCCUCAAGGAAAUUGAUUGUCCAGUAGUUUACAGAAAGAAACACAACACAAUAUUAAAUUAUAUACAAUAUAAGAUAAACAAUACACUCUUAGAUAACUAUAAAAAGUAAAAUAAAAAGUAAACAGUAAACAAUAAUAAUAUAAGAUAAACAAUAAACUCUUAACUAACUAACUAUAAAAAGUAAACAAUAAACUCUUAGCUAAUAUAGAAAGUAGAGAUAAUAAUAGAAGUAAAACAGGAUUCAAGUAAAAUAAAAGAUAAAUGUAGAGAACUGUAUAGAGGAUUAAUAUAAAUAUAAAUAAAUAAAUGUAAACAUAAAUAAACAUAUAUACAUAUACACAUGCAUAUACAUAUACACACAUACACAUAUAUACAUACAUACACAUACAUACACACAUACGGCAUUGUGGAUAAAUAUAUCAUAUAUGAAAUGACGGAUAUACAUAUACAUAUAGAUAGAUUGGAAUAAGAAGAAUAAAAAAAAGAAGAAUAAAAAAAAUGAUUUCAGAAUAAUUCCUCUAUUUCACAGGGUUUAAACCCAGCAUACUGUCCAGUGGGGGAUGGGAACGCAUCCCUAACAGCCCACACCACGCAACUGGGUAAUGCAAGGCGAUUUCCUCGUCCCAGUGGUUGACCUUUGAGGGCCCACUCCAGAAUGACUCGAUAAGCCACAAGUCGGUAUUGACUGAGGGUAACAAAACAUGGAUAGAGCAAAGACUGGGUCAGUAACUACUAGUAAUGAGACGGUGGCACCGUUUUCAAAAACAUUAUAGUCGAGCUACAUGCGAAUUAUACAAAUUGGCAUCUGAAUAUGAAAUACAUUACAUCAAUGUAGCUUACCUAUCUGACAGUUGGCCAUUCGGUCCUUCGGGUGUGGGGCGUUUCUUCCAGUUAAUUUUAGGGACCCAGAAGAAAGUAUCCAGCACGGUUUUAUUUAGGAGAUGGCGCACUUCAUUUAGAGAGAUGCAGGGCGACACAGUCUCGUCGACCGAGACAUUGAGGUUGGCCAUACCAGCUGUGACGACAAGGUCCCACUCCGUGCAGCACCUACUUUCGUGCUCCGUCGGCAUCUGCCUGCACUUCCCACAGGCACACCACCAAUUUCCCGCGAUCCUGGGGACCGCUUCAGCCGGAGCUUCAGGCGCCUCCGUAGCCCUAGCCUCCAUCUCACGUAGCUCCUCUUGGGUGUAUUCUGGUUCAUACCGAUAUCCUCUGCCGUCAAACUCAAAAUCGAGUGCGUCCUCCAGAAGCCACCUUUCAUAUUCCAUUUUCAAUGAUUUUCCCUAAUCCGAGGUGCUCAAGUCACGGUACAAGACUUCAAACCAACGUAAACAGCCCACCUUUCCGGUUCGGCGGAGUAAUAUCAACGAGCAGUAAUGAGUCUUCCAACUGAAAUCAACUGGCGAUAAACGUGCAAUAAAACACGACAGAAACCAUAUAUUCCGCCGAUAUUUUUUUUUUAAACUUCACAAAUGCCACUAACCACUCGGUUACUUGCACAUUUUCGAAAACGAACGUUUAGGGUUGCUGGGAUGACAGGUUGGUGUAUGCACACCGACAACCAUUGUGAAGCAGGCAGGAGCGAUUCAAAAUGAGCCAAAUACCCGAGAAAGGACUAAUAGUUCAAA